AUGAUCUAUCAUUUGUUAGAUUCUGAUAAAGCGAAUGAUCGUCAUUGUCAAGAAGAUUUCGUUGUGAAGAGAAGAUUCGAUAAGGUGUUAAUCAUUCAAACGCUGGAGACCAAAAACUGUACGCAUAGAAGGUCUGAAGUGAAGGUAAACAAAUGUUUGUCUGCUGUUUGGAUUAAAGUUUCUGAAGUAUGA